AUGAAGGUGAUCGAAAUCCUUGAGAUUCCGGCUACUCUACACAAUCCGCCUCCAAAAUGUGUGCGUGAAUUCGUUUCCGAUGGACAACUUGUUGUGGUCAACAUUAACACCAAUGGAUUUGUGGGCGACGGCCAAGUUUUGACGCUUCGUAUUGUUGAUUCCGAGGGAAACGAGUACCGUAAGAAGAGAGAUGUGGCUGGUAAUUUCCGCGCAGCAUUCACGUCGCAAUCGUCGUCGUCGUUCGACAUCUGUUUCGAAAACCACUUGCAAAACAGACAAAAAGAAGGUCAGUUGUCGCGUGAGAUCGAGCUCGAGGUUGAGGCAGGUGCUGCUGCCAGAGAUUGGAAUGCUAUCCAGGCAGUUGAGAAGUUGAAGCCGGCAGAGGUUCAGUUCCGCAAGAUAGAGGAGAUGGUUGACGAGAUCAGCGAGGAAUUGCAAUACUUGGUGAGAAGAGAGGAGAGAUUGAGAGACACCAACGAGAGCACCAACAGACGUGUGAGAAACUUCAGUGUUCUGAUCAUAUUUGUGUUGAUAGGAGUCGGCUUGUGGCAAGUGCACUACCUGAGAAAUUACUUCAGAUCCAAGCAUAUUUUGUAAGCAUUGUGAUAUCAGUUCAAUCCCAUUUCAUAUUUAGCUCCCCUACACGUCCUAGUAUCAAUGCGAAGUCAAAGAAAUUGAUGUACUGUUUGUCUCCUUGUAGAGUGAGCAUGUCUGCCACUGUACUUUGUGGAGUGUCUUGAUUUAGCGAUGCGGCCAGCUUUUGCACAUCUGUAAAGGACAAGCGCUCUUUGUGACUGGGUUUGCGUCCUAGACUGUUCAACACUAAUUUCCAGUUGUCCUGUAUCAAAUCUAAAUUCUGAUUCAAAAUCAGAAAUAAUCCGCCUUGAUACAGAUAACGUUCAAAAUCCACAACCUCAGUGGUACCUUUGAGAAUUAAAUCGUGCGGUUGCAGGAAAUUGAGGAGUUUGUCGGAGAUGCGCAAGUAUUGCUUGAAAAACGGCUUCACAUCUUUAAUCAAGAGGUCCUCCGUGCUAUUGUCUUCGCAGUACUUUGUGAAAGCAUCGAGUAGAAAGUCCUCCAUUCUCUGUGGGACCGUGUAGCGGCCUCCGGUAAACAUGCCAUGAAAUGC